AUGGCCAAACUCUCUGCUGCUUGGGUUCGACUUGCUUCGAACGACCGUCUCAGGCGUUCAUCGCAAGCAGUUUCGGUAAUCGGGACUCAAGUGUUCGUCUUCGGCGGUGAACUCCUCCCACGAGAGCCCGUAGACAACCAACUCGAUGUUGCCGAACUUCAACUAUACACCUCAUCCCAAUCUCUCUGGGAUCAACUCACGCCGACCGACGCAACGGCAUCACACCCAGCCGGACGCAGCUACCACUGCACUGCCUCAGACGGUAACAAGACCAUCUACAUCCACGCAGGCUGCCCAGAGAAAGGCCGCCUCGCCGAUCUGUGGUCCUUCAAUAUCGAGUCGAAGACGUGGAAGGAGCUCGCUGCAGCACCUCCUCCAGCGCGCGGCGGCGCGUCCAUCGCUUUCUCUGGAGACAAGUUAUAUCGCACCAAUGGCUUCGAUGGCACUUCCGAGCAAGGCGGUUCUCUUGAUGUCUACGACCCCGCUUCCGCGGCUUGGUCUACGAUCACGUACAAGCCAGAUGGUGUCAAAGGCCCCGAGGCGCGAAGUGUAUCAGCGCUCGUCGCGGUUGAGGUGGGCGGUAAGCCGCAUCUUGUGACGCUGUUCGGCGAGCGCGAUCCUAGUUCGUUGGGUCACGCUGGUGCUGGCAAGAUGCUCUCGGACGUGUGGGCUUUCGACAUUGCGGCCGGGACGUGGGAUAAGGUCUUCUUCGAGGGGGAUGCGCCGCCGCCAAGAGGUUGGUUUGAUGCGGAUGUGGUGGUAGAUGGGAGCAAGCAGGCUGUGGUUGUUCAUGGAGGUCUUGCUGAAGAUAACUCGAGGUUGGGAGACAUCUGGAGACUCGACUUUGUCUAG